AUGAGUGAUAAGUCUAAAACAAGUAUAGAUCAACAAGAUCUUGUUCAGACUGAGAAGAAACCUUAUUCAUGCAGUACCGGUCAAUUAAAUAAACACCUUCUUGUUCAUACUGGAGAAAAACCAUAUUCAUGCAAUGUAUGUGAUAAAACAUUCACAGAGAAAGGUAAUUUAAAGAAACAUACUCUUCUUCAUACUGGAGAGAAGUCUUAUGCAUGCAGUGUAUGUGAUAAAACAUUUGCAGAAAAAGGCAAUUUAAAGAAGCAUACUUUUGUUCAUACUGGAGAGAAGUCUCAUCCGUGUAGUGUAUGUGAUAAAACAUUUUCAAAGAAAAUUUAUUUAAAUAAACAUAUUCUUGAUCAUACGGAAGAGAAAUGCAAUGCAUAA